CCAAUCAACAGUCACUGACGGUCGCGAUUUGAAAUUGAAGCGGGCGAAGGCGGAAGCGAACAUGAAAGUAUAAAUAAAGUAGUUCUGUUUUUAGUGGGGCCAUUKACAUCGGACGGGACUCCAUCUACUUUUAAUAAGUAAAUUACGAUGUACUUCAAUUAGUUUUAGUUUUUUUUUAGAUGCUGAGGAGCGUUAGGAAAGUGUACAGUUACMGUUAACCGUUAACUAGCUAAUCCCGAGCGUUUUGAGGAACGUCGCAAUGUCUAUAUUUAGCGUACAGGCAAGGAAGCAUACAACUUAUUACGACCAUCUAAUGUCAGCAUCAACGUCCAAGACACCCGGYGGCAGAAACCGACAGGGCGAUGUAAAGGUACCAGACACAUCUUUAGGAAAAAGUGGGAUAUCGGGUGCGGAAUCGGGGGCUGAAGAGAGCAGGUUAUCAGAUAAAAGCCGUCAAGUAAACAGAACCUAUGUCGUCUCUGCRCUGUCAAAAAGCGGCAGCGGGCUGCAAACACCUUACCGAAGCAGACUCGCUCUACAAAGGAGGUCAAGGAGGAAGAGUGGUGCCGAGAAAUCGUUGGCCGAAAGCAGCCAGAACAGCACUCCUGCUCCAGAGAAGAGGCUGACUCUACAGCGAAGGACCAGGACGCCCUCCAUGCAUAAAGCCGUGCGUGGGGUCAGCGUUACUGCUGACCCACAGCCAAUUUCAAAAGUACUCAGUGAACCAAAUGGCAGGGCGAGUUUAUUUAGGUCGGCAAGUUUAAGAGAAACUGCAUUCAAAAUAAAGGGAUCAGAAGCUGCAACUCCCGGGGCGCAAACCAAAACGCCAUCAUUUGCUGCCAGGCAUCUAGAUGAUUCGACUAAGACAUUUAAAACUCCCACCAAGAGGACGCCGUUUGAGAAAAUCGCCGCUAAAAGGGACGUUUUCGAGAGACUGGCUUUCAAAGAAGCACCAAAGCAGGUUGUAGGUAAAUCUGCAAGUUUGGAAAGGCCCAAACCCAAAGCUGAGCAAGCAGAAAACGCCAAACCAGUUACAACUCCAAGAGUUAGCAAGGCAUCCUCAAGUGUGCAUAAAAACCACGCUGCUGUGCCGGAGAGAAAGCCCACCACCGCAAAUCAACAAGGGGACGCCAUCUUUGCAAGGAUGUCCACUCCAGCCCCUGCUGACCAACCCCUGAGCCACCCAUGUGAGGCUGCUGGGCAUCAGGAGUCAUUUAAGAUGGAGAACAGCGCAGUGACUGUGGCUGUCCGGGUCCGACCCUUCAGUGCCAGAGAGAAGGCUGAAAAGGCCGCACARGUCAUCUUUAUGAACAGCCAGGAGACAARUGUCCAGCAUCCAGAGUCCAGGCAAAACUACUCCUUCACAUAUGACUUCUCUUUCUGCUCUGUGGAUGGAGAUGACCCCACCUUCGCCAGCCAAAAAACUGUGUAUGAGACCCUGGCCAGGCCUUUGUUACAGAGAGCCUUCGAAGGAUUUAACACCUGCUUGUUCGCCUACGGCCAGACGGGUUCUGGUAAAUCAUACACAAUGAUGGGUUUUGAGGAGGAGGCUGGGGUCAUCCCACGUUUCUGCCAAGAGCUAUUUAUGAAAUUGGCCUCAAUAAAAGAUGAAGAGGUGAAAUGUCAUGUGGAGAUGAGCUACUUUGAAGUGUAUAAUGAAAAAAUUCAUGAUCUGCUGGUUACGAGGGAGGAGCCAAACCAGAGGAAGAUGCCGCUGAGGGUGAGGGAGCAUCCGGUCCAUGGUCCUUAUGUUGCCGAGCUCUCUGCGAAUGUGGUGAGCUCUUACAGUGACAUUCAGGGUUGGUUGGAGCUUGGUAACAAGCAGAGAGCCACAGCAGCCACAGGAAUGAAUGACAAAAGCUCCAGGUCUCACUCUGUCUUCACUCUGGUUAUGACACAGACUAAGACUGAGUUUGUGGAGGGAGAGGAACAUGACCACAGCAUCAGCAGCAGGAUCAACCUGGUGGACCUUGCRGGCAGCGAGCGCAGCCGCACAGCCCAAACAUCUGGAGAGAGACUCAGGGAGGGUGCUAGCAUCAACAAAUCCCUGCUAACUCUUGGAAAGGUCAUCUCUGCUCUGUCAGAACAGGUGCUCACCAGGAAGAAGGUUUUUAUACCAUACAGAGAGUCUGUUCUCACAUGGUAAAUGCAGAAAGCUUCAUUAAACACAACAUUGUUGGCUUMUUUCCACAAGAAAGAAGCCAACACAAGCCUCUUUCCAUAAGAAAUUUUGUCAGAUCUUGAACUAGCAGCACAGUUUUAUACAAUAUUCUGCCUUCCACAUAUUCUGGCCCAAACUGGUGCGUUUUUAGAGCUGAAGGCAGAGGUGGAGAAACUGCGUUCAGCCCAGAUGAACUCCCAGGGCGCUGAGCCGAACAGAGUCCGGAUGUUCCAGCAGGAGAUCAGCACCCUGAAGAAUAAACUUUGUCAACAAGAGAGAGAAAUGGUUGAGGCCAACCGAGCAUGGAGAGAGAAACUUGAGCAAGCAGAGAUACGCAAACGUGAAGAGACCAAAGAGCUGCAGAAAGCAGGUGUGACCUUCAAAGUGGACAACCGUCUUCCGAACCUGGUGAAUCUGAACGAGGACCCCCAGCUGUCAGAGAUGCUUCUCUAUAUGAUCAAAGAAGGUCGAACCACAGUGGGCAAGCUCAAACCGGACUCCAGUCACGACAUUCAGCUCACGGGAACUCUUAUUGCCGAUCGGCACUGUGUCAUAAGUAACAUCCACAACAUGGUCAGCAUCAUCCCUAUGGAUAACGCAAAGACCUUUGUCAAUGGGAACCUCAUCUAUGAAUCCACUGUGCUACACCAUGGUGACAGAGUUAUCCUCGGUGGGGACCACUACUUCCGCUUUAAUCAUCCAGCAGAGGUGCAGUCUGGAAAGCGGGUAUCGCGCUGGACAGGMGCCGGGGAUGGACAAAAAGACUUUGAAUUUGCCAAGAAUGAGCUUCUUGCAGCUCAGCGAGCAAACUGGCUCUUUGUCUGCAUCAAAGGGGAUUCCACCUCUAAAGAUGACGAUGUGUUUUAUGACCCUGAUGAUGAGUGGGAGCAAGAUAUAUCAGCCUCCUCUGCUUCCACUUCCUCCUUUUCUCGCCGAAGUCUACCAGGGCUGAUGUGUGGAUCAGUCAGACCUCCUUCCAACCAAACRAGCGCCACGGAACCCGCUGUUCCCAGCCUCUGCAAGGAAYUGAUUGGCCGGUCCGUGGCUCGUCUGCGAAGCUACAGCGAGACAGAGGAGACCUUGGCAGACAGACUGAUGUCUGAUCUGAAUCUGGUAUACACGGCUGUCCAAACUAUAUCUGACUUGUAUGAGGGUCUAGAUGAUGACUGCCAAGACAGUGUGUUUGUGUGCAGCGUGGCAGCCCAGACUGAACUGAUCAAGGCCACGACGGCGGUGGAGACCGCUGUGUUUGUUGCCAUGCAGUGGCUGGCCACUGUUAAACGCUCCUCCGGCUUGCUGUACUCGACUGCCGAAGAACUUAAAAGCCAAGUCAAAAAAAUGGGAGGAUUCUUCCAAAUGCUUAUUCAGGGUUGUGAAUCCGAGAUCACAUCCAUGGUGAAGGAAGCACGGAGGAAAAGCAGUCAGUGCUUGGAUGCGGCGAUGCUCGCGCUCGCCCAGAUGGCGGUGGUGACGGGCAUGCCGCUCAGUGUUACGGCGCCUGGCAAUCAGGCCACAGGCAAGCAAUCACUGUURAGCUGUCUGCUGAGGGGAACCAGAAAGGGCGUGCGCUCUCUCCUGGAGGAAAUCCUUGCCAUCACCAGGGAAACGCUCAGAGAUGCUCAGCUGGCCUWUCCCAGAAACCCAGUCUUACAGAGUCUAAAAUCCAAAACUCUUGAUAUGUCUCAUGCCCUGCAGAUCUACAUUCAGUCUCAUAUUUCGGAGCAAGAAAAUGAUGAAGAGGCGCAUGAGGAGGAGGACGAUGCAGUCUUACUCGCUCAUUUACAGAGGCUGAGGACUACGUCGACCAAACUGUUCCAGCUCACCCAGGCCAUCCAACAGAUGCAGUCUUGUCUGUCUACAGCCCUGCRAGGUAUGGAUAGAAAUCCUGAUCUCAGCAGCUGCAGAGAGCUGAUCUCCUCCUCUACCAAGGCGGUGGAUGAGUUGGUCAUUGGCCUGUYCCAGGAGGGAGUAGAGGCCAAGUCCUCGCAGCUUCCCUGCCUUCAGACGGUCUUAUCURCACAAGAUGAUCUCCACUCCGCCCUGCAGUCCUUGUCGUCCUCUUUCUGGAGCCAGCAGGGGGUGAAAGACAGCAGAAGUUCAGCCGGCUCGGACAACAGUYUGGAAAAUGACUCCGCCAUYAAAGAAAGACCCACCACUCACAAUGCAGUUAGAAAUAAAGGUGUGUACAAAGUGGUGUACCCCUUUGCUUCAGGUGUGCGGCCUUGUGGCAGCCCUCACUGGGUGUAAUAUCUCUUUGGGUUUUUAAUCAUAGCUUAUAGUUUAAAAGUUUAAAUAAAUUGUUACCUUGAAGAGAGGCAACCUGCUAGGAUUCAAGUAACUGUAAAAGUACAGGAAACAAUCUUUGUUAAGCAAAUAAAUACUUGCCUGUGACAUUCACAAGCUGCAGAAAAUGGACACAAUCUUUCUUUGAAACAUUCAAAAGUAACAAUUGUGUUGUUUUCAACAUGGUGUAAAGGAAAAUACUGUUGAAGUUUCUUUGAUUUCUCUUGUUGGUAUGGUWAAAACACGCCCUCCAGUUUGAAUAUAUUUAUGAUGCGCCAAGUGAAGCUAGAACGUUACUCAUGAGUGUAAAUUGUACGUUAACUGAUGUUGGGUCAAUAGAAGCUCUAAAGAAAAGGGCAGUCUUUGUCAAACCAUUAUUUCAGGACUAUAUAUUUUUGGGACAUGUAAAGUCUCAAUUAUGGGCACUCUAGGUAGGCUAAUUUGUAAGAAAAAGAGGACCUGGCUUUUACACUAUUCUGUACAUUGUGUUUGCUCCUGUAUAUUCUUCUGCUUUCGUAUCACACUAUUUGCACUCAGUCACUUGUAAAUUUUGGGUUUCAUGCYAAUAUUUGUAUCUAAACGAAUGCUGUUGUAACCAUUUUUUUUAUUGCUUUAAAAAUAAUCCAGCCACUUGCACAGCUGCUAAGAAUCGCAUGGUUGGUUGAUUUUACAUGGAUUCCUAGUUCUUYACCUUCAGCUCACAAGGCAUUGCUGGUAGAGCGCACCCAUUCAAAGACUUUUACUGUUAAGUAGCAAUAAAAUCAUAUUUUUUCUAUAUUCAA